AUGUCAGUCUCUUCUGCUGUUGGUACAUUUGUUGUGUGGGACUAUGUGGUCUUUGCAGGAAUGCUGCUCAUUUCAGCUGCUAUUGGAAUAUACUAUGCUAUAGCUGAUGGUGGACAGAAGACCUCUAAGGAUUUCCUGAUGGGAGGCAGAAGUAUGACUGCAGUCCCGGUGGCUCUGUCCCUGACUGCCAGCUUCAUGUCUGCUGUAACAGUACUUGGCACACCAUCUGAGGUUUAUAGGUUUGGGGCAAUGUUUGCUGUCUUUGCUAUUACAUACACCUGUGUGGUGAUCAUCAGCGCAGAGAUUUUUCUUCCCGUCUUCUACAGAUUAGGAAUCACCAGUACUUAUGAGUUUAUUAACCAUAACAUGGAUAUAAUUUAUUCUUUUUUUCAGAUUUUAUAUACCGGAAUUGUUAUUUAUGCUCCAGCCCUAGCUUUAAAUCAAGUUACCGGGUUUCACCUGUGGGGAGCUGUGGUCUCAACUGGGGUCGUUUGUACCUUCUACUGUACUAUGGGAGGCCUGAAGGCUGUGGUGUGGACAGAUGUAUUCCAAGUUGGAGUCAUGGUUGCUGGAUUCACUUCUGUCGUUAUUCGAACUGUGGUGGUUCAAGGUGGAAUCUCUCCCAUUCUGAAUGAUUCUUAUCAUGGAGGAAGGCUGAAUUUUUGGGACUUUGAUCCCAACCCUUUAAGAAGACAUACGUUUUGGACUAUUAUAUUUGGGGGCACCUUCACCUGGACUGGGAUAUAUGGAGUCAACCAAGCACAAGUGCAGCGAUACAUCUCCUGCAAAACCCGCUUCCACGCAAAAAUGUCUCUCUAUGUGAAUCUUCUUGGACUCUGGGCGAUCCUGGCCUGUGCUGUGUUCGCAGGCUUGUGCUUGUACUCGGUGUAUAAGGACUGCGACCCCUGGACUGCACACAUCGUGUCAGCACCAGACCAGCUAAUGCCAUACCUGGUGCUGGAUCUCCUAAGAGAUUUCCCUGGAGUUCCCGGACUUUUUGUGUCAUGUGCGUAUAGUGGAACAUUAAGCACUGUUUCUUCCAGUAUCAAUGCCUUGGCUGCUGUAACUGUGGAGGAUCUAAUAAAGCCUUACUUCAAUCUAUCAGAAAGGCAACUAUCUUGGACUUCCAAGGGCAUGAGUUUACUAUAUGGGGUUUUGUGUAUUGGGAUGGCAGCGCUAGCUUCUCUAAUGGGCAGUCUCCUACAGUCGCCACUCAGCAUUUUUGGGAUGAUUGGAGGUCCGCUGUUGGGAUUGUUUGCUCUGGGCAUUCUCUUUCCUUGGGCCAACCCCACAGGAGGACUAGUUGGCCUUGUAUGUGGAUUUGCUGUUUCCCUCUGGGUUGGAAUUGGUUCUCAGGUGUACCCCGCAUUACCUGAGAAUACCAUGCCUCUGCCCCUCAGCACAGCCGGCUGUAACUUCAGCACCCCCGAUAUGGAUUCUAACUGGAUGGCAGCGACAGAAAUGACACCACUGACAGCCACACUGCUGAACGAAGCAGUUGACAGACCCUACCUGGCUGACCACUGGUACUCUUUGUCUUACCUCUACUUCAGUACAGUUGGAACUUUGGUGGUUCUUGCAGUUGGUGUCAUUGUCAGUCUGUUGACAGGAGGAAGAAAACAGCAUUUGGAGUAUGGGAAAACAUUAGUAAAGGAAGAUCUUAUAUUCUACAGUCUUUUCUCUUCCUGUAAAGCCAAUGAAGAAAAACAGGUUGAAAUGUUGAACUGGAAGCCUUCUCCUACCAAAGUGUCCGGAACAGUCAAUCCUGCCUUCAGUGACAUCGAGUUGGACUUGCCAGAAAAAUAAAGAAAAAGUCAAUGGUGUUCAUAUAUAAAAUCUGCAAUAGAACAUACUGUAAUUGUUUAUACUGAGACUACACUGUGGUUUGGAC